AUGAGCGACGAGGCGCAGCGGGCCGCCUGGCCGCCGCACGCGACGCACUACGGCCACGAGGACAUCAUGGCGCUGCAGUUCGAGGGAGGCGCAGCCGCGCCGCCGACACAGCAGGGGCAGGCGGCGAGGUCAGACAGCCAGCGGCAGGCUACCGCCGCCGGCGGCGCCUCCGCAGCCAGGCGAGUGGCUCGGAUCGAGUUUACAGACGGGUCCAGCUGCUCCUGCGCCGCCGACUGCACUCAGCGCCGCUACCUCAAGGACUGCUGUGUCGACUGGCUGCACGCGUGCAAGGCAGACCGUUUAUAA